UCACAGAGACAAAUCAGCAGAGAGGAGAGGAGCAAACGAGCAGCCGACAAACUCAGUGGACUAUGAACAAACUCAAACUUGCAGUUUUCCUCCUGGCACUGGGUUUUCUUGUCUGCGAAGCUGGUAACCCAUGUUGCUCAGAACCAUGCCAGAACAAGGGCGUUUGCACGGCGCUUGGAGCAGAUAAUUACGAGUGUGACUGCACACGCACAGGAUAUCACGGGCAAAACUGCACAACACCUGAGUUCCUCACCUGGCUCAAACUGUCCCUGAAGCCAUCGCCCAACACUGUCCACCACCUUCUCACCCACUUCAAGGGCUUCUGGAACAUCAUCAACAACAUCUCAUUCCUCAGGGAUGUCAUCAUGAGCUAUGUGCUGACAUCACGAUCCCACAUGAUUGACAGCCCUCCGACUUUCAAUGGGGAUUACGGUUACAAAAACUGGGAAGCCUAUUCCAACCUGUCCUACUAUACGCGCACCCUCCCCCCUGUGCCGGAGGAUUGCCCAACACCUAUGGGAGUAGUAGGUAAAAAGGAGCUACCUGAUGCCAAGAUACUGGCUGAGAAGCUUCUGAUGAGAAGGCAGUUUAUCCCGGACCCACAGGGCACCAACCUGAUGUUUGCAUUCUUCGCUCAGCAUUUCACCCACCAGUUCUUCAAGUCUGAUAUGAAGAAGGGACCUGCUUUUACCGUAGCGACAGGUCAUGGGGUGGACCUCAGCCACAUUUACGGAGACAACCUGUCCAGGCAGCACAAGCUCAGACUCUUCAAGGAUGGCAAGCUUAAGUAUCAGAUCAUGAAUGGAGAGGUGUACCCCCCAACUGUGAAGGAAGUGGGCGCCGACAUGCACUACCCUCCUCACGUUCCCGAAUCUCACCGCUUCGCCGUGGGCCACGAGGCGUUCGGCCUGGUCCCCGGGCUGAUGAUGUACGCCACCAUCUGGCUACGGGAACACAACCGAGUGUGCGACGUAUUGAAGGAGGUCCACCCUGACUGGGACGACGAAAGGCUCUUCCAGACCACACGGCUCAUUCUGAUUGGAGAGACCAUUAAGAUUGUGAUCGAGGACUACGUGCAGCACCUGAGCGGCUACAACUUCAAGCUCAAGUUUGACCCAGAGCUGCUGUUCAACCAGCGCUUCCAGUACCAGAACCGCAUUGCAUCCGAGUUCAACACCCUGUACCACUGGCACCCACUGAUGCCUGACACUUUCCACAUCGAGGAGAAAGAUUACAGCUACAAACAGUUUGUCUUCAACAACACUGUGGUGACCGAGCACGGCAUCAGCAACCUUGUGGAGUCGUUUUCCAAGCAGAUUGCUGGACGGGUUGCUGGUGGCCGGAAUGUCCCAGGACCUAUCAUGUAUGUGGCCAUCAAGUCCAUUGAAAACAGCAGACAAAUGCGCUACCAGUCCCUGAACGCCUACAGGAAGAGAUUUGGCAUGAGGCCCUACAGCUCUUUUGAAGACAUGACAGGAGAGAAAGAAAUGGCCGCAGUGCUGGAGGAGAUGUACGGACACAUCGACGCUGUGGAGCUCUACCCGGGUCUGUUGGUGGAGAAACCCAGGCCCAACGCCAUCUUCGGGGAGACCAUGGUGGAGAUGGGGGCCCCUUACUCCCUCAAGGGCUUAAUGGGAAACCCCAUCUGCUCCCCGGAGUACUGGAAGCCCAGCACAUUCGGAGGCAGCGUGGGCUUCGACAUCAUCAACACCGCCUCCCUGCAGAAGCUCGUCUGCAACAACGUGCAGGCCCCCUGUCCAGUGGCGUCCUUUCAUGUGCCCGACGUUAAAGAGACGGGGUCCAUGGUCAUCAACUCAAGCUCAUCCCACUCGCGCGCCAGUGACAUCAACCCCACAGUCAUUUUGAAAGAAAGGACUACUGAGCUCUAAUUUGUAUGAAUUUGUCUAAGUUUAUUCGUUUUUUUUAAAUAUAUGUAUUUAUUUAUUUAUUUAUUUUUAUUUAUGUUCCUAUAUUUAUAACAGAACCUGAGAAAGUGCGAGACAGAUUUUUUUUUACACGUGAUUUUGUACACUUUAAUUUGGUUAUCAAGAACAAAAGUCUGGUCUGUGGAUGUGUUUAUUUAUUGAAAGAUUGUAUUGUAUUAUAAGUUAUUGUUAAAGUAAUGACCUCAGUCACCACAACUUGAUACUUGAAGAUUAGUUUACAGCUUCAACUACAUGGUAGCAUACAUUAUAUUUCUAAUGUACAGUUACCUUAACUCAAUUGUAUGGCAGUUUAACAGUAAUAGGAAAUAUUUGUGAUGUUCACAGUGAACUUUUUGGCUGAUCUUGACUCUUUUGAUCUCAUUUAAUAUCGCAGUAAACUACAUUCCUCUUUCAUUAUUGUUUUACUGAUGUUUUAUUUCUCCAGUCUUUGUAUUGGCGUGGUUAAUUUGAAAUGACAUUAGUAACUCUGAGUCUGCACUGUUGAAGAAUUGUAUUUUCAUUCGCUAGAAAUUUUAUAAUUCAAUCAUAUGGGCUUAAAAUAGCCAUUUGUUCUCAAUGCCUAUUGACUUGCAAUGUUGACACUAAUAAAUGCUACCAGGAAAUGGAGCUUAUUUCU